GAGAAUAUAUCCUUUUCGUAGAGAGUGUUCAGAGUGUUAAGUUCGUUCGAGAGAAAAAUUGUGAAAAUUUGAAAUCGUGCCUGACUAUUUGAAUUUCACAUUCAAGAAAUCAUGAAAUUCCUAAAAAUUUUAACUCUUCCAUUACUACAAAUAACAUUAAUUUCUGGAAUUACUGAAAAAACGACAAUCAACUAUCCUGAAAUUUUUCGAGACGACAUAAUUGAUGACUAUCAUGGAAUUAAAGUUGCCGAUCCGUUUCGUUGGCUUGAAAAUCUCGAUUCGCAAGAUACAAAAAAUUUCAUCUCUGCUCAAAAUUCAAUUACUGAUACCUAUUUGAAUUCAUCAGUAUCUUUCAAAGAAAAUAUCUAUCGUCGUCUACAGGAACUUGAUUUUGAUUAUUUACCAUAUCAUUUCUGUCCCGAAAGGCAUGGGAACAAAUAUUAUUCUUUCAAAAUAGAGGGUCCAGAAAGACAAGGAUUUUUAUAUGUCCAUGACACAUUAGAUGGGGAACAAAAAUUAUUACUUGAUCCUAAUACUUUGUCAACAUCAAAGAGAAAUGUCAGUAUUGGUUCAAGAAUAUUCAGUGAUGAUGGAACGAUGCUAGCUUACAUAUUACGUGAAAAUAGCUCAAAUUGGAACGAAAUUAAUUUCUUAAAUUUAGAAACAGGAGAAAAAUAUGCCGAUACUUUGAAGAAAGUAAUAUACACUGUAGGUUGGACCCAUGAUAAAUUGGGAAUAUUUUACACAACUGUCCCUCAUAAUAAAUCAGUGGAAACAUUUGAUCAUGAUUCUCUCGAGAAUAUGAAAAUUUACUAUCAUAAAUUUGGCACACAACAAACUGAAGAUAUUCUUGUUGUUGAAUUUCCAGAACAACCACAUUGGAAAUUGCACGCCAGAAUUUCCGACUGUGGCCAAUGGUUGUUAGUUUUAAUAAAUGAUACUGGUAAAAAUUUAGUCUAUUUUACUGAAUUGAAUGAGAAAAUUAGUGGACAUUUUAAUUUGACACAAAUUGUUAACAAACUGGAGGCAUUCUAUAAGUACAUUGGAAAUGAUGGUUCAAAGGCCCUUUUCUUGACAGACAAGAAUGCUCCAAACAAAAAAAUAAUAGCAGUCGAUUUAUUGAAUUACAAAGAGGAAAAUUGGACAAUUUUACUGCCUGAGAAAGCAGAGAAACUUAUUAAUGCUGUGACAAUUGUGGAUAAUGAUAAAUUUAUCGUUCAGUAUUAUAAUGAUGUGAGGUGUAUUUUACAACUACGCAAAUUGAAUUCCGGAAAGUUACUGCAAAAAGUAAAUCUUGGCAUUGGAAAAUUUUUCGGAAGAGUUCAGGGAAAUAGAAAAUAUCCAGAAUACAUGUUCAGUUUCUCCUCCUAUGUAAUUCCAGCUAUAAUGUAUAAACUAAACGUAAAUAAUUUCCACAACCUUGAAAUUUAUCGUCAAACAGAAGUACCAAAUUUUAACAAAUUCCUUUAUAAAGUAGUUCGAAUCUUCUGUCCCAGUAAGGACAACAGAACAGAAAUUCCCAUGACAAUUUUCAUGAGAAAAGGAGCAAAACUCGAUGGUUCAAUGCCAGCUCUUAUUUACCCAACUGAUAAAUAUGGUGUUUGCAUGUUUAGCAAUAAAAAUAUUAUUUUUGCUCAGCACUUAAAUGGAAUUGUGGCGACAGUAGAAAUUCGAGAAUAUGAAAAUUAUCCUAGAAAAUUGUAUCCAAAUGAUUUAAGCAAUUAUCAAAGUAGUAUCGAUGAUUUUCAAGAAGCUGUGGAAUAUCUCAUUAAAACUGGAUAUACGUCGAAUGAGAAAUUGAUAAUUAAAGGAAACGAAGAUAAAGGUCUUUUAGUGGGCGCUUGUCUCAAUCAAAGACCAGAUCUAUUUGGUGCCGCUAUAAUCGUCGAUGGAUUACUGGACAUGCUUCGUUUUCAUCUAUUCACAGCUGAUAGUCAUUUAAUUUCAGAUUAUGGUACUUCAGACGAUCCAAAGAAUUUUCAUCAUCUUGUUGAAUAUUCACCUCUACAUAAUGUCAAAGCGCCCAUAAACUAUAAACAAUAUCCGGCAAUACUUGUUUUAGUAGAUUACGAUUAUAUAGUACCUUUUCAUUCCUUAAAAUUCAUCGCAACCUUACAACACGAAAUUGGACGCCUAAAACAACAAACUAAUACCUUAAUGGCAAAAAUUGAUUUUGAUUCUAAGGAUAUCGAUAUUUCGACUGCAAUAUUCUCAUUUGUUGUUGAAUCAUUAAAAUUGAAAUUUUACUUCUAGGACAAAAAAUUUAAUUUUAAUCCGAAUUGAACGCCUUCUUGUAAAAUUUCAUCAUAUUUCUUGUAAUUACCAUAUUUUUUUUUUUUUUGACCAACUUUAUAAGAAAAAAUAAAAAUUUCUAAUCACAGAAAAAA